CUGGUGUGCUGAUCGAUUCGUAGUAGUGGACUCAUUAUAAAAAAGUAUACUGUUGCAAACAAACUCAAAGGAAGUGGAAUAAAAAGUGAAUUAAUUGAGAAUGACUUCGAAACUAACUGCAUACAUCGGCCUGUGUGCAGCUUUCUUCAUCAUAGCACUUCUUGGCACACCUUGUACGGCACAUUCCUCUUCGCAGACGACAGUUGUACAACACACCACCAGCAACGAUCCCGCAGCAGAUGGCUUCUGGAAACGUAAUGUCGAUUGGAAAUCACGCUGGGUAAAAUAUUGGCGACCGAAAGCGAUCUACGUGCCCGUCUGGAAAAAAGUCUGGACUCCAGUAGUACAAAACGAAUGGGUGCCACUGCCGAAAGUGCCACCAGGUUGGGAGGUGCGCAAGGAUGGUGUGAUCGACAGCACCAACAGUGGCUGGAAGAGUAGUAGUAGCUACGUUGAUGACUCCUCGAGCUCAUCCAGUAGCGGCAGCAGUAGCAGUGGUCUGCGCUCGGGCAAGAUUUACAGCGGUUGGAGUAGAGGAAGCAGCGGUAGUUACGGUUCUAGUUAUAGCAGCAGCGGCAGCGUUGACUGGAAGAAAGGUGUUAAACAAACCCGUGUACGUGAAGUAAACGUUGAUUAACGCGGGGAAGUCGUAACGUAACUUUUAUACCAAAGGCGAUCCAAAAAUUUAAUACUAUACACACAUAGAAGUAUGUAUGUAUAUCCUUAGAAUUAAUACCAAAUAUCAGGUUAAUAUAUUUAAUUUAUUUUAGUUUGUAUAUUUUGUUCCUCUAGUAUUAAAUUUAAUCAC